AUGUCUCUCUUUCCAGUGCCGCCUCCUCUGCUCAAAGUCUUUGCUUUGUUCCCACUUUACUCGUACCCUUCCAUCGAGCCGCCGAGUAAGAAACCCCUUACAGAGCCAACAUUAUGGAUUGCCCCGCCUCGCGCAGACUCGGAGUCCGGCGUUUUCAGUAGCGACGUCGAUUGUCUCAAAUGGCAAGCAUAUCUAGCACUCAAGGGACUGGUCGGUAUUGCAGUUGAAUGGGUCGUGAGCAGCGAAGGCGCUAUUGACAAGAAGCUCCCAAAUCUACAUGUUCCGCUCGAUGGCAAAAUUCCUGAGCCGGAGGAUGGUUCAUUAUUGGCAGCCUCCAUGAUUCCCUCUUGGGUAGCGGAUCGGCUCACAAGCAACGAUGAAAAGCAAGUCGACGCGUUAGACGGUUACAUAAACCAGGCUGCGAAAGAUGAGAGCCUUGCGUGGACAACAAUGCUAGAAACACGCGUCCGAGCAGCCCUGCUCGUAGCGAAACCAUCCCCUUCUUAUCUCCAAUCACUCUUGAGCUUGACGUACAGUGACCAUGAUACCGACCCAUUGGCCUCCAUCACAACACCACCUCUUCCACCCCUUACCGGCUACAGCUCUUUGGUUCACCCAAUGGGUUCGCGCGUAAACACUGUCGCCGUUGAAUCGGAAUAUCGUGAGGCUAUUUCUGCGCUUGCAGAACGAUUAGGCACGGAUAAAUGGUUCUUGGGCUCAGAAAAUGCCACUGUUCUAGACGCGCUGCUAUUCGCGUACAUCCAUACCAUCUUACAUUCGAAGGAUUCGAUACGUGUGGAAGUGACACGACGCGUCAAUCUCGUGGCUUGGGAAUGGAGAGUGCGAGGUGUGGUACGGGCGGCAUUUCACAAGGCACCGAAGUAG